GUUUAAGGACCUAGAGGAAGACAUGGACCUUACGGGUAGAAGACAAAAACAUCUGAGCUGAGUGAGCUGUGACUUACACCCAAAAUGAGUCUCUCUGGGGAGAGAGAGGAGGAGACCACUGCCUCUAAAAUUAGUCUCUCUGGGGAAAAAGAGGAGGGGAACACUGCUUCUAAAAUGAGUCUAUAUGGGGAGAGAGAGGAGGGGACCACUGCCUCUAAAAUUAGUCUAUAUGAGGAGAGAGAGGAGGAGACCACUGCCUCUAAAAUGAGUCUCUCUGGGGGGAGAGAGGAGGGGACCACUGCCUCUAAAAUGACCCAAGACACCAGUUCGAAGAGUGUCCAGAAGCCCAGAGCAGUGUCACCUACAACCAGCCUGCUAUCAAUGAGGAGUGAUCAGCCACCUGCUUUCAGCCAGGAACCAUUACCAGAUGACAAUAAGGAAGUGGAGAGUUUGGACAGUGAGGAUGCAUUAAAGAUCACACACAACCUUCUGGACAGAAGAAGUCAAACUCUGCUGACAGUCCAACAAGAGAUUAAGGCUAAACUGAAACACAAGUAUCAACACAUAUCUGAAGGAAUUGGACACCAUGGAAACCAAAGUCUGUUCAAAGACAUCUACACAGAGCUCUACAUCACAGAGGGUGGAAGUGGAGGGCUCAAUAAUGAACAUGAGGUUAGACAGAUAGAGAUGGCAUCCAAGAAACGAACCACACAAGAGACACCAAUCAAAUGCAACGACAUCUUCAAGCCUUUACCUGGACAAGACAAACCAAUCAGAACUGUGCUGACAAAAGGAAUCGCUGGUGUUGGAAAAACAGUCUCUGUGCAGAAGGUCAUCCUUGACUGGGCAGAGGGAAAAGCAAAUCAGGACGUUCAUUUCAUGUUUCCUCUUCCAUUCCGUGAUCUGAACCUGAAAAAGGACCAAUACAGUCUGAUGCAACAUAUUUCCCACUACUUGUCAGAGCUGAAAGAGAUUGACAGCAUUGAAGAUGGUGAAACCAAAACUGUUUUCAUUUUUGAUGGUCUGGAUGAGUGUCGACUUCCUCUAGACUUCAAAAACAAUGAGAAGUGCUCUGAUGUCACGAAGCCAACCUCAGUGGACGUGCUGCUGACAAACCUCAUCAAGGGGAAUCUGCUUCCCUCUGCUCUCCUCUGGAUAACCACACGGCCCGCAGCAGCCAAUCAGAUCCCUCCUGAGUGUGUUGACCAGGUGACUGAGGUACGAGGGUUCAAUGAUCCACAGAAGAAGGAGUACUUCAGGAAGAAAAUCACAGAUCAGAAUCUGGCCAAUGAAAUCAUCAAACACAUGAAGACAUCAAGGAGCCUCCACAUCAUGUGCCACAUACCAGUGUUCUGUUGGAUAUCAGCCACUGUCCUUGAGAUGAUGCUGAAAGAGGCAGAGAAGGAUGAAGUCCCCAAAACUCUGACCCAGAUGUACUCACACUUCAUACUCAUCCAAAUCAUUGCGAAAAACAAGAAGUACAACAAAGCCACAGAGACAAACCCCAAGGAACUGUCUCAGUCAGACAAAGAGAUGAUCCUGAAACUGGCUAAACUUGCUUUCCAACAGCUGCAGAAGGGCAACCUGAUCUUCUAUGAGGAGGACCUGAGAGAGUGUGGCCUUGAUGUCACAGAGGCAUCAGAGUACUCAGCAUUGUGUACAGAGAUCUUUAAAGAAGAAUCUGGGCUGUACCAAGACAAGGUCUACAGCUUUGUGCAUCUGAGCAUUCAGGAGUUUCUAGCAGCAGUGCAUGCUUUAGAAUCUUGUCUGGACAAGAAGGAAAAUGUUUUCUCCCCAACUAGUGAUGAUGAAGAGAAAGAGUCAUUCCAGUUGUCUGACUUACACAGGAGAGCAGUGGACCAGGCCUUGAAGAGUGAGAAUGGACACCUGGACCUGUUCCUCCGCUUCCUUCUGGGUCUCUCACUGGAGUCCAAUCAGAAUCUGUUACGAGGCCUUCUGACACAGACAGGAAGGACAACACAGACCAAUGAGGAAACAGUUGAGAGAACAGUCAGGUACCUUUCAGACAAGAUCAAGGAGGAAUCCUCACCAGAAAGGAUCAUCAACUUGUUCCACUGUUUGAAUGAACUUGGUGCCAACUCUCUAGUUGAAGACAUGCAGAACUCCCUGCAUUCAGGAACUCUUUCAGAAACAAGACUAAAACCUGACCAAUGUUCAGCCCUAGCCUACCUGUUACUGAUGUCAGAGGAGGUGCUGGAGAAGUUUAAACUGAAGAGAUACAACACAUCGGAGAAAGGUUAUCAGAGGUUAAUGCCGGUAGUGAAAACCUGCAAGAGAGCACUACUGGAUGGCUGUAAACUCACAUAUAAAUCCUGUGAGACUCUGGCCUCAAUUCACCAGACACCAAACUGCCCUCUGAGAGAACUCGACCUCAGCUACAAUGACCUGGGAGACAGAGGAGUGGAGCUGCUCUGUGUUGGACUAACCAGUCCACUCUGCAACAUACAGACACUAGUACUAGCCGGCUGUAACCUCACAUAUGAAUCCUGUGAGACUCUGGCCUCAGCUCUGCAGACACCAAACUCCCCCCUGAGAGAACUGGACCUCAGCUACAAUGACCUGGGAGACAGAGGAGUGGAGCUGCUCUGUGAUGGACUAACCAGUCCACUCUGCAACAUACAGACACUAGUUCUAGGUCAGUGUGGUCUGACAGAGGGUUGCUGUUCAGAUCUGGCCUCAGUCCUGAGUUCACCCAACUCACAACUGAAACAACUGGAGCUGAGAGACAAUGACCUGCAGGACUCAGGAGUUACACUGCUGUCUGCUGGACUGAAGGAUCCAGACUAUAAACUACACACACUGGGGCUGUCUGGCUGUCUGGUCACAGAGGAGGGCUGUACUGCUCUGUCUUCAGCUCUGAGGUCAAACCCCUCCCACCUGAAAGAGCUGGACCUGAGCUACAAUCACUCAGGAGACUCUGCAGGGGGACUGCUUUCAGCUGCUCUGGUGGAUCCCACAUAUAAACUGAUGAAGCUGAAUGUGGAUCAUGGCGGAGAGUGCAGGCUGAAAUCAGGGCUGAGGAAAUAUGCCUGUCAUCUCACCCUGGACCCAAAUACAGUAAACCCACACCUGAUACUGUCUGAGGAGAACAGGAAGGUGACAUGGGUGUUGGAGAAGCAACAUUAUGAAGACCAUCCAGACAGAUUUGAUUGUCUUUUCCAAGUUCUCUGCAGAGAAGGCUUAUCUGGAGGUCGUUAUUACUGGGAGGUGGAGAUGGACGGUGACCAGAUUUACAUCGGUGUGGUGUACAAAGGAAUGAAGAGGAAGGGAGAUGAGGAUGACAGUUGGAUUGGACUCAAUAGGAAGUCCUGGUGUUUAUUCUGCUCUGAUAGCGGUUAUGACUUUUACCAUCCUGGAGUCAGUGUCAGAAGAUCCAUCUCUGAUCCUGUUCCUAACAGAGUUGGAGUGUAUCUGGACUGGUCAGCUGGUACUUUGUCCUUCUAUAGUGUGUCCUCCUCUGGUACACUGACACACCUUUACACAGAACACACCAGAUUCACUGAACCCCUCUAUCCUGGGUUUGGGUUUGAGGUUUCCUCCUCCUCAGUCACUCUGUGCCAGAUAGACGAUCGACACAAUCAAAGCGACCAUGGUGGAGAGUGUUGGAUCAAGCCUGGACCUGAGACAUGGAUUCCUCAGAGCUGUAAGACUUGUGACCAUGUUGAGGACUCCACACACUGGCUUCAGAUUGAACCCUUGACUUCCACUGUCCAGGGAGUGACAAUGUUCAGACACAGGACACCCAAAGGGAGUUAUGAGUGCACAGUGUCUGGGCUCCGCUGGCUGUGUGAGAGAGAUGUCAUUCUGAAGUAUCACUUCAGGAACUGGGGACCCUACAGUCAACUUCUGAAAGACAUGCAGUACACACAAGGUGGUCCAUUGCUGGACAUCACUAUGGAGUUCGGUGAACUGGAGGAAGUUCAUCUGCCACACUGUUUCUGUUUAGGGACCAACCCUUCCCUGAGGAAUGAGAUGAAGAUUCUUCAUGUAGAGGAACAUGGAGUGUCUUUAGAGGAAGUGCGUGAGGUCACCAGAUUCCAUGCUAAGAUUCUCCAUCCCAAGUUCUCAGCUAUCUCUGUUAUACUGAGCUAUAUCCUUUCAUGGAACGUAGAUGUCCACUGUGAGCUGAUGCUCUAUCUGACAGUGAAAAGGGAAACAUUAAUUCCACGCCUGUACCUGUUCCCCAGUAACCCCGGCCAAAUACAGGCUGUGGAACAACAGGAAAUAAAGUUUCAAGGAUCUAAAAGGUUUCCCAACACAAGACCAGAGCGGUCCUUCAAACUGAAGAGUUCCUUCAGAUUGAACAUUCCCUGUUCUACCUCCAUCAAUCCACCGAGGAUUCAUCUCAUACAUAGAGACACCACACCAAGCUUUUUCAGGGCGGUUGUGAAAAUGACAGGGAUUGACAUUGCGAUGGAAUUAUUUGGUGAUGAUGAGACGACAGCGUGGAAAGAAAUAGUACCAACAGAUGAAUGCGUCACUGACCCCCGAUCAACAAGUGCUGUGUUGGGGGCAGGAGGUCCGGCUGAGAUCAGUCUGACUGGUUCUACAAAACUGCAGCUGCGUUCUGUACGGACAGAGUUUGUGAAACGAGUGUCAAGGCCCGUCCUGAAUGAACUGCUGGACGGACUCCUGCAACACACAGUCAUCAACCAGGAGGAAAUGGAGUCAGUGAAGGUGAUCGCUGAGAGGGCAGAGAAGGCACGUGACAUCAUCGACAUGGUGUUGAGAAAAGGAACUGAGUCGUGUUCCAGGAUGAUCAACAUUCUUGGGGAGAUUGACCCCUAUCUUUGGUCAAUGCUUCAGAUUAACAGUGUUGGGGUACCAACCUAAUGGUAGAAUGGAUAGUAACAGUGUUGGGGUACCAACCUAAUGGUAGAAUGGAUACUAAC